GAUACCAUUCUUGCAUAUUUCAUCCAAAUCAGGACAGAAAUGACAAAGUUAUAGGCUCUUUUGGCCUUCUCCAUUAUAUCCUAUCAGCAAAACAUUGAAACAGGGUCAAAACAGUGAAGCUGUUUCGACAGAACGGAACAGUUAUUUCAAAUCGAAACAAAAUUCAAAACGGAGCGCUGUUCCGUCGAAACACAAGUCGAAACAGAAUAGUGCCGUUUCACACAGCUGGAGUGUAUAACUCUGUAAUAUAACAUAAAUAAUAAAGCAACAGUUUAAAUAUUUAUUUUGUAUGUUCCCAGGAUCCAUUUUUAACUUUCAUUUAGAUAGAUUUUUUUUUUCUAAUAGUCAUAAGCAAAUAUCAUUUCUUUAUAUUGUAUGCAGAUCUUAAUUACGAAUAUCUUUCCCCAUAAAAGCUAGGAUUCCAAGGUGAAUGCAACAUUUCCAAAAUACUUCCAUAAACAUUUGCUAGGCCCUUUCAUUUUAAACAGUCAGGAGACUCUUCUUUCAUCCAAAAGCCAUAAAACUGAUUUUGUAUUUUCUAUCUUAUAAACACACUUCCUAAACAUUUUUAUUGGUGGAAAGAUGCAUUACAUGAGAAGAUAUGUCCCAGUGGCAAAGCAAACAUAUGGGAAAAUGUUAACUGUUCUAAACCUUACCCACCAAACUGGAUAAAAACUUUUGCAAAGCAAACAGUACAAAGUCAAAUUUAACUUUUACUGGUCCCAGCCUACAGGCUUGCUUAUUUCAGUUACUGGAUUACAUCCUUCAGAAAAAAACAAGUGAAACCAAAUUACUAAUCCAAAAGAGUUCUACCACAAAGCAAGCAGAAAGAACCAAGAAAAAAAUUAAAUCAAAAACAAACAUUUGUCUCUCAGAUAUGGUUCUGUAUCAGAAACUGUUUCAAAUGAUUUGUGUAUUGGGAAUUGGUGGAAGCUUCUCAUUUGGCUUCCAGAUUUCCAUGAUUACCUAUGCUUCUGAGCACAUCAAGAAAUUCAUCAAUGAGACCUGGCAGGAACGAUACCAUUCUUUCAUUGACAAGCAGAGCCUCACGUUACUGUGGUCAUCCAUUGUCUCUGCUAUUAGCAUUGGGGGGCUCUUGGGAACCAUCAGCUCAAGAUCUCUGUCCACAAAAUAUGGGAAAAAGAAAUGCCUAAUACACAAUAACCUGACCAUGAUAGCAGCUGCAAUUCUCAUGGGCUUCAGGAAGAUGGCAAAAUCCUUUGAGAUGAUUUUGAUUGGACGUUUCCUUUGUGGUUUUAAUUCAGGCCUGAGUUGCUGUUUACAGGGCCAGUUCCUGGGAGAAAUUUCACCUAAGCAGCUGCAUGGAUAUAUAAACACCAGUUUCAUUGUCUUUGCAACCAUGGGAAAAUUCUUAGGGCAAAUGACAGGACUAAGGGAACUUCUAGGAACUGAAUCCUUGUGGCCAUUAUUGACAGCACUCACUGGAAUUGCAGCAUUAGUGCAGCUCGUCACUCUCCCAUUUUUGCCUGAGUCUCCACCUGAACUUCUGAUGCAAAAGGGAGAUACAGAAGGCUGCUUGAAAACUAUAAAGCAGCUCUGGGGCAAAGAGGAUCAUCAAGCAGAGAUUGACAGUCUGCUGAAGGAACAGGCUGCAAUGAAAAAUACCAAACUCAUGACUGUCUUGGAACUUUUGAAAGACCGAUCCUUGCGAUGGCAAUUUUACCUAAUGAUCAUCAUAGGAGUUACAUUACAGCUCAGUGGCAUCAAUGCAAUCUACUUCUACUCCUUUGAGGUGUUCCAUACAGCUGGGUUUGAUCAAGAACACAUCCCCUACAUAUCUCUGGGACUUGGGACCUGUGAGUUCUUCUCCUCCAUAUUGUGUGCCUUCAUCAUUGAGCAGUCUGGAAGAAGGAUGUUUCUGUUGUGGGGAUAUGGACUAAUGAUUUUGGUCUUGGCACUCCUCACAACAUCUCUCACUCUGCAGCAUCAGUUCUUCUGGAUGCCCUACCGCAGCGUCAUUCUGAUCUUCUUAUUCAUUAUCUUCUUCGGAAAUGGACCAGCUGGAGUUACAUUCCCAGUUAUAUCUGAACUCUUCACCCAGUCAUCCAGAUUACCUGCAUUAAUGAUCUCCAUGUCUCUCCACUGGGCAGGAUUCUGCUUAAUUGGGAUGCUUUUCCCAUUUGUAGUGAAGAACCUUGGUACCUUCUGUUUCCUUGUUUUUAUGGGAUUCAUUUCUGUUUCAUGGAUUUCCAUCUACCGGUUUCUCCCAGAAACAAAGAACAAAUCAAUAAUGGAAAUCAAAGCUGAAUUUCGUCAUUUAAAUUUUGGAAAGGAGUGUGCCCAGGUCACUGAAAACAAUCCUCCUGAGGCGUUUACUGCUUGCACUAACCUCUGAUGUGGACAGAAGGGACAGGAAGUGAUGUCACAUUCAGAUGACUACAAAUCUAUGAAGUGUCAGCUUUAAUGCAUGUUACUGCUGUACUCCAUAUUCAUUUUAUGCAAAUGGUCUUCAUAGGAGAUCAUCCCCUGCUAUUCAGUAAUACAAAAGUCCUUGUCAGUAUCUCAUCGGCACCACAGUUGCCCAGUCACAUACAUUUCAAUUUAAGGUUCUACUUUACAAAAGCCAAACUGAUGUAUACAUACUUCUAAAGUCAUUCAAACUUUAACUCUGCCCAUGUAAUCCCAUCCUACGGACAAGUAGGACAAUUUUGAAUGCAAUAUGUAUAUACACACAUAUUUUAAAUAAUCAGUAAGUUGAUUACCUGAAGUAGUUAGUCUCAGUCAUUUUGCUUUAUGUCUACAUUAGCAGUGGACACAAAUCCAAAAUGGAUAACCUCCUAAACCAUUCCAAAACUAGAGCAAUGUUAUGUUAAAACUACUAGAUUAUCACUUAGGUUUGUAUUUCUAGUUUGUAAGCCACUGUGAACAAAUUUAGGAUUGCAAACCACCUUGGCUGGAGCUGAACACAACUGUUUAUUUAAAACUUAAUCAAAUGGUUGUA